AUGCAAUACGCAGACGCAGGUCUGGAGCCCAAUGUGAUUGCCUUGGAUUCGUGUGCAAGUUUCUGUGCCAUUGAAAUGGGUAUUUGGAUACAUGAUUUUAAAAAGAGGAGAGGAUGGGAUUUGGAUGUAAUUGUGGGUACCGCUUUGGUUGAUAUGUAUGGAAGAUGUCGGAGGAUUGAAGAAGGAUUAAGACUUUUCCAAGGAAUGAAAGAGAAGAUUGAACUUACGCCGAAUGCGGAUAUUAAAGGGCUAGCUCUUGGUAAGAGAGGCGAGGAAGCAGUUUGGGUGGUUCUAAUGAAAUGGAGCAAUAAGGGUAUAAUGCUGUGA